UCAGAGGCUCAGAAUGUGGCAGCGGUUCACCGCGCAUUUGGUCUGCUUUGGGGCAACAUGGCGACCAGGAAGGACCGCGUACCCCGCUCUGGCGCCGCCCCCUGCUGUCCCGGCCCGUGAACAUGUCCACCGAUGACAGUGUGUCCGAGGACGGGUCCAGCUCCACGGCUCUCAGCCAUUGCCACGGUGAUGGUGUUGGCGGGAAGGAGAGCGAGGUGUCCCUGGUGUCCUCGGAGGGGACGUCUGCCUCGGGAAUGGCCAUCUCAGAGGUCCCACCCAGAGGCCCACGCGACAUCACACCAGGCUGCCACAAGAUCAGGGCUCUGUGUGUGAGCUCGGGCCAGGUGUUCCGGAAAGGGAAGGACCUGCCGUUUAUCAACCCCAGCUCGCUGGAGAUCUUGAGGGCUCUGGUUCAGGAGAUCCAGAGCAGUGGAGAGACCGACCCAGAGAUCUGGAAGGACUGUGAGGGUCGCUGGCUGCAUCUCUUCCAGCUGGUGGAGAAGCAGUAUCAGGAGCAGAUCGUGGCCCAGCAGCAGCAGUACCAGCGUCAGAUACAGCUGAUCCAGGAUGAAAUCAAAGCUCUGGUUCAGCUUCAGAACCGUCAGGGCAGCUUCCAUACCCACUCUGACGUCUCCCCUUCCUCCAUCACAAAAUGGUCUCCUGACUCCAAAGAUGACCUCCCGACCUCCAUUGACUGUCCCACACACAGUCAAGCGUUAGGAGACACCAACGAUCGGACUGUCUCCAUCUUCACCAGCACAGCUUCACCACCUCACCACAGAUCCGAGGCCAGGAACCAUCCAGGGGAACGAGCCACAACCAUGCUGAGUAGCGGGUACGGGACUCUGUCGGCCUGGGAGACCGGCCCAGGAGCUGCAGGGUCACCUGGAGACGAGGGCGGAGGUCUCAAGAAGACAAAGCCCCGGUGGUCCUUUCAUGAUGGGAGUGAAGCUCCCCUGGUUCAGAAGGUCUCCAGUAGAAAUUUGGUCACCGUGGAGGAUGUUCAGCCUGUAGUGAGACCACCUAGAAGCACCAGCCAAACCUUCACCUCCUGGGCACAGAGGCAGAAACUCAGGUCCAGAAGGGUCAAAGUCACAGACCAGAACCAGGAGAGCACUGACUCCCAGGAACAGGUGCAGACUGGACCUGUCCAGCCGUUGGACGGGCCCGGCUCAAGGAGGAGCGACAGCGCAAUGUCGGAGCUCUCAGGCCUUACCUACUGGCGGCUGCAUGAGGAUGACCUAUAUCACCCUCUCCCGGACAGCUUGGACAACAACACCCAUCUCCACCUGCAGGACGCGACCUUGACUCUGGAGCCAGGUCUUUCCCUCCGCAAGAUCUACCAGAACAAGCAGUUUGGAGAGGCUUCCGUCCAGCCCAGUCCUCUGACCGCACAGGUUUUGACCCUAGAUCCGACAGCGAGCACUCGGCAGUCGGACAGGACCUCGGGAUUCACCUCGCCAUCGCACUUCAGCAGCCCGUCCUUUGCUGCCCCGCUGGGCUCAGGACCUGUACCGUCCAUCACCCCGGACAGCAUGGUGGAGUCCGGUCCAAACCUGGCAGACACAGACUGCAACUCUGAGGUCUCCAGCGUAUCUACAGCUGGACCCGUCCUGCCACAAGGCGCAUGUACCUCACAGGACCACACCCGGUCUGGAGUGAUCAGAACCAGUUCAAAGAUCAGAAAGAGCAGUACAGAGGAGGCAGGUCCGGUCCAAGGUUCAGAAUCAUCUCUGGAUCCAGUGGUUCUUUCUCUACUGAGACAGAACAUGCGGGACAAACAUGCCCGGCAUGUUUCUGACCUCAGAGCCUACUAUGAGUCAGAGAUCAGAACCCUGAGAGAGCAGCUACAGCUUCGGCCCGAGGACCUGGACCAGAGGAACCAGCUGCUGAUGGACAGGUGCCAACAUCUGGAGGAAUGUGUGUCUGAAGCAAAGCAGCGAGUCCAACACCUGGAGGCGUCCAACCGACAACUGGAGGAGAAGCAGGUGGAUUGGCCUCAGCGCUACGCCAGCGCCAUGGCAACCAUCGAGUCCCUCCAGCAGCGACUGGAGCAGAGCAGAUGCACAGAGCAGCAGAAAGACUCGGUCAUGACUAAUCUGAGGACCCGAGUCAUUCACCUGGAGGACGAGGUGCGACUCUCGAGGCAGGAGGCCGACCAGAAGGAGGCCCUGAGGCAGCGUGAGCACAAAAUGCUUCAAGAGCUGGUGGAAGACUAUGACACUUUGGUGAAGGAACACACCGGACUCAAGAACCAGCUGGUGUCCACGGAGAACAAACUCUGUGACGCCAACAAUGAGAUCGUGGACCUGAAAAAAACAGUCUCCAAACUCGAGACGCAGGUGAAGCAGCUCGAACACCAGAACCGGGCCCAGGCUCGCCUCAGCCUGCACCGCAGCUCUCAGCCUUGUGGAGCCGGCCUCUUCCACCAUCCAGACCUGCUGCUGUCUCCCAGAAGGAUCCAGCCUGAACCAGAUGUGACCCAGCAGAGGUCGCCUGGUCCAUCUGGUCCAGGCAGUAGAGUGCACAGUCCCAUAGAUACGAGCGGCUGGAGGUGUUCCAGUCCGUCUGAGUGUGAGCUGGUUCAGACCCAACAGCAGGAGCAGAACCAACGGGACUCCAGCAGGAGGGACCUGACCCCCAUGAUGAGAGCGCUGAUCCAGUUGGAGGAGACCAGAGCCACCGAGACCCGGGCCCCAUGGGGCAGUGGUCAGCGGAACACUGUGGUGUCACCGGACCAGAGGCCAAAAGAAGUCAGAGAGGGAGUCGGGCAGUGGGGCAGAGCCGGGUUGGAGAGGGGUAGAGAGAGUGCAGCCGCUGUGCUCAGAGCCCGCUGCAGUCUCUCGCCGGAGGGUCAGAGGUCAUCAUCGCUGCCUCCUCCUGCUCAGAGGAACAUCUGGGCUACCCCCACAAAGAGAGAGACUCUCCUAGCUCCAGUCUCAUCCAAAUGUAGCCCCAAACGCUGCCCGACUGACAACUACUCCACUGCCUUCGGUCACAUGAUGCCCAGAGAGGAGCACCUGAACGCCAGGGCUGAUGCGUGUCUGGACCAGAGACGCUCGCUGCACUGCAGCCCCCGCAAGAGACUGCAGUUCAACUGCCCAGCACCAGACCAGUUGGAGUCCGGCACCCCCCACAGUCCUGGUGGAGAUCAGCUGGAGAAUCAAGAACCGAUGGGUCUCGAGUCGCUGGGGACCAAAAUCCUGACCCUGUCUGAAGCUCAACAACUUUGUGAUGAGCUGACACAAGAGAAGCUGCAGAUUGAAGCUGCUUUAAAUCGGGUCACAAAUCCUGGUGCUCGAGUUGGGCCACAGAGAACGUUGGAUCAGGAAGUCUUGGAGAGGCGCCUGGAUCAUGUGACCCGGGCCCUGGUGUCAGCCCGUCGCACUCUGAAGAAACUGAAGCUUUUGGGCUCUGCUGCUGUGUAGUCGACCCGCCAGCUUCUCCCUCUGGACUCGGGAAGCCGGACUGCUGGCUGUCCAUCCACAUCUACUUGAACUGAGCAGCCUUAUUUUUUUAUGUCACUUUCUAACCUCAGCAGCAGAACUGCUCUCCUCCGGGUCAGAACCGCCUGUGACGGCAGGACUGGACCCCUUCUGUGACGGAACUGUUUCCUGGCUUUCACUCAAUAAAUGAAGUUUCUUUUCCA